AUGGAAAUGUACGAGGAACAACUGCUGACAUUAAAAAGUCAUAUAACUAAGUUAAAGGAACAUUUUGGUGAAUUUGAAAAACUAAAUGACCUCAACGAACAGAUAAAACAACAAAAUUCUAUAUUGAACAACACGAGACGCAGAAAUAGUGAACUACUACGAGAAGUAGAAGAGAAAAAAGAAACUUUAAAACAACUAACCGAUACUAUUGAUGAACAAGAAAAGACUUUUAAAGAAAAACAGGUAGAGCAAAAAAAUAUCGUGAAACUUCAUGAACAAAUUGAUGAAAAGAAUGCCGAAAUUGAAACGCUUGUUCAUAAUAUAGAAUCCCAAAAAUUACGCAUAGAGCAAUUAGAAAAAAUACUUCUUAAUCUGGAAGAUGAAAAUCGUAAAGCCUACAUUCAGCAACAACGAGAUCAAAUAAAUCAAGCUCAUGAUCAGAAAAAAGACAAAAUGUUUAAAUUCGCUAGCCAUCAAUUGUUAUAA